CGAGCCUCAGCGAUGGCCUCCUGGACUCUCAUGCUUGGUGAUAGGAUGAGACAAAAUAGCUUCCAGUUCUUCACUAUGAUUUUACUCAUUGAAAGCUCAUGCAGAUUUCACCCUCUGCUUCCUGGAGUGCUCUAACUGGACUCAGUGGCCAUUGAGGAUGUGUCUGUGACCUUCACCCUGGAGGAGUGGGCUUUACUGGAUCAUUUACAGAAGAAACUCUACAGAGAUGUGAUGCAGGAAACCUUCAGGAAUCUGGCCUCAAUUGGAAAGAAAUGGAAAGAUCAUGACACCCAAGAUCAGUGCAGAAACCAGGGGAGAAAACUAAGAAGUCAUAUGGUAAAAACACUCUGUGAAAGUGAAGAGGGUAGUCAAUGUGGAGAAAAUGUCAGCCUUAUUCCAAAUCUCAAUCUGAAGAAGAAAACUACUGGUGUGAAACCACAUGAAUGCAGGGCAUGUGGAAAAGUCUUCACACAUCAUUCAUCCCUUAAUAGGCACAUAAGGUAUCACAAUGAACACAAACCAUCUGCCUAUCAAAAAUAUGGAGAGAAGCCAUAUAAAUGUAAGAUAUGUGGGAAAGCCUUUGUUUAUUUCCACGUUUUUGAAAAACAUGAAAGAAAUCACAAUGGAGAGGAAACCUAUCAGUGUCAGGAAUGUGGGAAAGCCUUUAUGUGGCUCAAAACCCUACGAAGACACAUGAGAAUGCACACUGGAGAUGCUCCUUAUAAAUGUAAAGAAUGUGAGAAACACUUCAAUUGUUCUAGUUCACUUCAAGUACAUGAAAGAACCCACACUGGAGAGAAACCGUAUGAAUGUGCAAAAUGCAGUAAAGCGUUCAGUUGUCCCAGUUCUCUUCAAAGACAUGAAAAAACUCAUACUGGGAAGAAACCCUAUGAAUGUAAGGAAUGUGGGAGAGCCUACAGAUAUUAUACUUCCUUACAGAUGCACGAAACGACUCACACAGGAGAGAAACCCUAUGAAUGUAAGCAAUGUGGUAAAGCUUUCAUUUCUCAUCUAGGUUUCCAAAUACAUGAAAGAAAUCACAAUGGAGAGAAACAGUAUAAAUGUAAAAAAUGUAGUAAAGCAUUCAGUUGUCUCAGUUCUCUUCAAAAACAUGAAAGAGAUCACACUGGAGAGAAACCCUAUGAAUGUAAAAAAUGCAAUAAAGCAUUCAGUUUUCCCAGUUCUCUUCAAGUCCAUGAAAGAACUCAUACUGGAGAGAAACCUUAUAAAUGUAAGGAAUGUUGGAAAGCCUUUACUGCUCUCUCAAGCCUUCGAGGGCACAUGAUCUCUCACACUGGAGAUGGACCUUAUAAAUGUAAGGAAUGUGAGAAAGCAUUCAUUUCUCCCAGUGCAUUUCAAAUACAUCGAAGGAUCCACACUGGAGAGAAACCCUAUGAAUGUAAAGAAUGUGGUAAAGCCUUCAGUUAUAUCACUUCCUUCCAAAUACACAGAAGAACUCACACAGGAGAGAAACCCUAUGAGUGUAAAGAAUGUGGGAAAGCCUUUAGUGUCGCAACUUCACUUAGAAUACAUGAAAAAACUCACACUAUGGAGAAACCUUACCAAUGUAAACAAUGUGGAAAAGCCUUUAGAUAUCAUCACAAUUUUCAAAGACAUGAAAGGAGUCACAUAGGAGAGAAACUCUAUGAGUGUAAGCAAUGUGGUAAAGCCUUCAGUUAUUACAGUUCCUUCCAAGUACAUGUAAGAAAUCACACUGGAGAGAAACCCUAUGAAUGUAAAACAUGUACUACAGCAUUCAGUUGUCCCAGUUCUCUUCAAAAACAUGAAAGAAUUCAUACUGGAGAGAAACCCUAUGAAUGUAAGGAAUGCAGGAAAGCCUUCGUUUGUCACACAAACUUUCAAAGACACAUGAGAAUGCACACUGGAGAGAAACCAUAUAAAUGUGUAGAAUGUGGGCAGGCCUUCUGUGAUCCCAGUACUUUCCAAAAGCAUGAAAGAACUCACUAGAGAAAACCUCUUGAAGGUGAACAGCAUGGGAAGGACUUCAAUUGGCCCACUUCCUAAAAUGUGACAACUCCCACCAAAAAGAAAUAAAUGUAAAUAACAUGAGAAAGCUUAAUGGGAAUUAAUACAUGCAUAAUGCUCCAGAAACUUUUCAAUAUGAAAGAGUUGUGAUAUUGUGCUUACUAAGUGUGUUGUGUUAUACUGUAAAUAUAUUGUGUUUACUAAGCUUUUUUCCUAAGAUACAUGACUGGACUGAGGAUUUCUACUAAUUACUUUCAGAAAUGAAUAUUGAGGUGAGAGAAUUCUAUGUCAUUUUUCUACUGUAGUACAUAAGAUCAUAAGAUUAAUAGGUAGUGAUUUUUCCUUAACUCUGUUAAUAAUAUUUUCUCUUUACUUUUUUUGAAGCCUCUUGGAUCCAAGCAUGAACUGACAUGUAUUUCUCCUAUACAGUUAGGUUUAUUCUUUUUAUAAUGUUUUAUUUUUUCCAUGUUAAGGGGCCAUUGAAAAAUGACAGUUUGGUAUUUGUUGGGAUUUUCUUCAUGGCCUUGUUUGGCAAUUCCUGGACAUCCCUACCAAAUGAUAUAUAUUGUGCUCAUUCCCCACCCCCCCGAAAAAGCUGUUUUGUGAUGGAGGAUAUAGGAUCUUUUUUCCAUUUUUCAUACUAUUAAAUGGAAUAAAUUUUUAUGUAUUGUAUGGUUAUCAAAGAGUAUGGUUCCGUUUGAAUUAUUAUGUUCACAUUUAGGCGUUCAUUCAUUGUCCUUCUGACUGAUAUUUUGUGAAUAGAUUUUGAUUAAUAAGAGAGACCUGUGCUAGGACAAAAAAGCUAGAGUUGGAGAUAUCCUUCCUGUGAGUAAUGUUAGGAAGCACAUCUUCCAGAAUCCAUCCGUUUUAUACUUCCCAGUUAGAAUUCACCAGUAGCCUCACUUGCAUGAGAUUUGGAAGGCAGAAGAGAAGAAGACAUUAGUGACAUUUUGGAGCCACCAUCCAGGGAGAGGGGCAGAUACAUAGGAGCUUCCAGGACACCAUCUUCCAGCCAAUUUCCUGGAUUCUUUGCCCUUCCAGUCAAGAGUAUCCUCAAAACCACCACCAACUGUUUGAUUUCUAGUUUAUUUGAGGUGUCGGUUUCCGCUGAUGUCUUCACAAGUUCCACCUCAACAAUCCAUCAGAGUUUGGGUUUUUCUGUAAGGCCUCUUGUGUCCACCAGGAAACUAAUUCAAACUUGCGUGACUGGGAGUAUUCUCUGGUUCCCAUCUUUUCUAGAUUAUAUCCAUGUAAGGUCUAGUGUGUAUAGGAAACAACUUCUGCUGUUACUGCUGUUAGCCAGGAUGUUUUCCUGAUUCACCGUGACAUCCACAGUGGCGUAUUCAAAAAGAAGGACAUGGGAGUUUGUUUCUCUGCUGCAUUCUGCAGCGGCUGCCUUGACCUGGUUCUUCCGUGUGAGAAGGAGCACCUUCCUCCUGUCAGGAAGACUCUUAACUGUUACUUGUAGAUGAACAUGAUUCUUCAAAAAUAUUUUUGAUUGUGUUUGUGUUUAAAGGAUAUGAAUUUUUUGUGAGACUAGUAUUUCUGUAGUUUUAUGGAAAUAUUUUA